UGGGUGGGGCCUCGCGGCCGUGGGGAUGCGGCCGGGGCGCUGGGCUGCUGAUGCGAGUGGGCUGGGCGGCGCGCCGGGGCAGCGGGAGCCGGGGCAGCGGGAGCCGCGCGCCGCGUCGCUGUAACCGGACACCCGGGCGCUCGCCCCCCGCGCCGGCCGCUCUCCAUUCACUCGCGGGCGCUGGCCUGAGCGGCGCGGAGCCGGGCUCCGGGUGCCCCUGCACCGCCGCGCGGAGGAUUCCUUUACAAAGAAAGUGCGAGGACCGGCCGGCCGGGGAGAAGGAAUUUCCCCGCGGGGCCGCCUCCGACAGCCAGGUCUUCUGGGCGACGGGCUGGAGGCACACGCGGAGCCAGACCGGUAGCACCUGGGUUUCUCCGUGCUGAUCGCUUGGCCCCUGGGUAUUUCUCUUGGAUAUUAACUUGAAAAUCUGAAGAAAUGGCAUUCCAGGCAAUUUGCAUGUUGGUUGGAGUAUUUGUUUGUUCUGUCUGUGUAAAAGGAUCUUCUCAGCCCCAAGCAAGAGUUUAUUUAACAUUUGAUGAGCUUCGAGAAACCAAGACCUCUGAGUACUUCAGCCUGUCUCACCACCCUUUAGACUAUAGGAUAUUAUUAAUGGAUGAAGAUCAGGACCGGAUAUAUGUGGGCAGCAAAGAUCACAUUCUUUCCUUGAAUAUUAACAAUAUAAGUCAAGAAGCUUUGAGUGUUUUCUGGCCAGCAUCUACAAUCAAAGUCGAAGAGUGCAAAAUGGCUGGCAAAGAUCCCACACAUGGCUGUGGGAACUUCGUCCGUGUAAUUCAGGCGUUCAACCGCACUCAUCUGUAUGUUUGUGGGAGUGGUGCUUUCAGCCCAGUCUGUACUUAUUUGAACAGAGGGAGGAGAUCAGAGGACCAAGUUUUCAUGAUUGACUCCAAGUGUGAAUCUGGAAAAGGACGCUGCUCUUUCAACCCCAAUGUGAACACAGUAUCUGUUAUGAUCAAUGAAGAACUUUUCUCUGGAAUGUAUAUAGAUUUCAUGGGGACAGAUGCUGCUAUUUUUCGAAGUUUAACUAAAAGGAAUGCAGUCAGAACUGAUCAACACAAUUCCAAAUGGCUAAGUGAACCUAUGUUUGUGGAUGCACAUGUCAUCCCAGAUGGAACUGAUCCAAACGAUGCUAAGAUUUACUUUUUCUUCAAGGAGAAACUGACUGACAAUAGCAGAAGUACAAAACAGAUUCAUUCCAUGAUCGCUAGAAUAUGUCCUAAUGACACGGGUGGACUGCGUAGCCUUGUCAACAAGUGGACUACCUUCCUAAAAGCGAGGCUGGUGUGCUCGGUAACCGAUGAAGAUGGCCCGGAAACACACUUCGAUGAACUAGAGGAUGUAUUUCUGCUUGAAACUGAUAACCCAAGGACAACACUAGUGUAUGGCAUUUUUACAACAUCAAGCUCAGUUUUUAAAGGAUCAGCAGUGUGCGUGUAUCAUUUAUCUGAUAUACAGACUGUGUUUAAUGGUCCUUUUGCCCACAAAGAAGGGCCAAAUCAUCAGCUGAUUUCCUAUCAGGGUAGAAUUCCAUAUCCUCGCCCUGGAACUUGCCCAGGAGGAGCAUUUACACCCAACAUGCGAACCACCAAGGAGUUCCCAGAUGAUGUUGUCACUUUCAUUCGGAACCACCCUCUCAUGUACAAUUCCAUCUACCCGAUCCACAAAAGGCCCUUGAUCGUCCGGAUAGGCGCUGACUACAAGUACACAAAGAUAGCUGUGGAUCGAGUGAAUGCUGCUGAUGGCAGAUACCAUGUCCUGUUUCUUGGAACAGAUCGGGGCACCGUGCAGAAGGUGGUGGUUCUCCCGACUAACAGCACCGCCAGCAGCGAGCUCAUCCUGGAGGAGCUGGAAGUGUUUAAGAAUCACGUUCCUAUAACAACAAUGAAAAUUUCAUCUAAAAAGCAACAGUUGUAUGUGAGUUCCAACGAAGGGGUUUCCCAAGUGUCCCUGCAUCGCUGCCACAUCUAUGGCACAGCCUGCGCCGACUGCUGCCUGGCCAGGGACCCUUACUGCGCCUGGGAUGGCCAUUCCUGCUCUCGGUUCUACCCAACCGGGAAGCGGAGGAGCCGAAGACAAGAUGUGAGGCAUGGCAACCCACUGACCCAAUGCAGAGGAUUCAAUCUCAAAGCAUACAGAAAUGCAGCUGAAAUUGUUCAGUAUGGAGUCAAAAAUAAUACCACUUUCCUUGAGUGUGCCCCCAAGUCUCCGCAGGCAUCUAUCAAGUGGUUGUUACAGAAAGACAAAGACAGGAGGAAAGAGGUCAAGCUGAAUGAACGCAUCAUAGCCACUUCACAAGGACUCCUCAUCCGCUCCAUUCAGGACUCUGACCAAGGACUGUAUCACUGCAUUGCCACAGAAAACAGCUUCAAGCAGACCAUCGCCAAGAUCAACUUUAAAGUUCUAAAUUCUGAUAUGGUAGCUGUUGUAACAGACAAAUGGUCCCCAUGGACCUGGGCUAGCUCCGUGAGGGCUCUGUCUUUCCACCCGAAGGACCUCCUGGGGGCAUUCAGCCACUCAGAGAUGCAGAUGAUUAACCAGUACUGCAAAGACACUCGGCAGCAACAUCAACACGCAGAAGAAUCCCAAAAGAUGAGAGGGGAUUAUGGCAAGUUAAAGGCGCUCAUCAACAGCCGGAAAAGUAGAAACAGGAGGAAUCAGUUGCCAGAGUCAUAAUGUUUUCUUACAGGGGGCGUGCGCUCCCCAUAGUCUUCAAUGGUCUGUCUGGCUUCAGUAAUCAAAUGUUGAACAAAGAAUCUUGUUCUUACCCACGGGAAAUUCCUGAGAAAGGUGAUUACACACUCCUAAAGUGAAUGUUACAUGAACUGAAACACGCAUGCAUUUUCUUGUAUGAUAGUGACUAGUGCUAGACAUGUCAUGAUCCUCAUGGUGCAUAUAAAUAUUUAAAUUAACCUAGAUUUUAUUUAUAUCUUUAUUUACCUUUUCUUCAAAUUAAGAUGGUGGUUAUAAAACUAGAAUUCUUACAUCCCUGCAUUGAACGGGGGCCAUAACCCUGUGGUCUUCCUUCCUUGUUUUAAGGAUCUCUAAGGUCACUGAUUUUACGUAUGAAAACAAAUACCAAAGUCACAACUUUUAUAUGGUCAGAGUCAUAUAAAUGCAUAGAGUAGUUGUCAAAGACUAGAAAAAAGACAAGGAAGAGGGCACCUGAAAGUUAUAUAAAAUAAGAGUACUUCAUGAAGAGAUAAUGAGUUUAUAUGCUCCCAGUGAACUAGGUUGCUGGUUACUUUGAGCUUUGUAAAAAUUGUCAGUUGCUAAGAUCUGUCACUGACUUGUUGCCUUGUUUCCAGUAGAUAAAAUGAAUGACCCUCAUGACAAACAGCUUUGAUUGGAGUUAUGUCAGUGAAGCAUUUAUGUUUAUAUUCUUAUGCUAUCAUUUUCCAAACAGAAGCACUUUUUUUUGGAAAUCCUUUAAGUUAUUCUAGACUCAGAGACUAUAACCUAAUCCUGUUUAAUAGAUUGAGUUUGUUCUAAUUUUUUAGUCUGUGUGACAAAUUAGACAAUAUAAGAAUAAAACUAUUUUGAAAUAUCAAAUUUGUAUAUGAGGGUUAAACCCAUCAAAAUGGAAUAAUGAGAAAAAACAAAGUAAAAAAUGCAAUUUUAUUAGCAAAAUUUUAUUAAAAUAUUACUACUUUUUAACUUUAAUAAUUAAUUCCAUUAUUAUUCUCAUAUUUUGUUUGUUUACCAACCUCAGAUAUAAAAUAUAUUUUUAAGUCAUCAGUUAAUUUUUAAUGAUCUUUUGUGAAGAGGUGUUCAUUUUGUGGACAAAUGAAAAAAAAUCUAGUCUGAACAAAAAUAGAUAUAACUUUCUUUUAAAAGAAUGUUCGUUCAUUAUGUUCACUGGUACAUAAAUACAAAUGUGAGUUUUGUGAUGAAUAAAAUAAUUAUCUUCUAGUUGUAUGCUUGAAUCAUUUUAUUAGAUAAUUUAAUGUGAAUUUUUAUUCCAAAUAACAAUUAGAUGAAAAUUUCUUCAUACUUUCAUAUUUCUUUUAAAGUCACAAAUUUGUUCUUUCGUUUUAUUUGCCUUUAAAGAUAAUUUCCAGGUACAGAAAUUGCAUGAUAUACCUAAUCAAAAAAGUUUUACUUGUAGUUAACCAUCUAUGAAGAAUGAAUCAAGGUAAAUAUGUCACCUUUUUAAGCACUACAAUAUAAAGUUUUAAGAACUGAAAAUCAUUAUGAAAGUGAAUGUAGUCACUGAUCUUAAUCUAAGAAUAUGAUUAAUUAUCUAAGUGGUGGUAAAUUAUGUUAUAAGAAGAGGCCUCAAUAGGGCAAAAAUAGCUGUUGAACACAACAUAACAAUGUUUAUUUUUAAAUAAAAAGGUAUUAAUUAAAAACUAUUGUUGCAAAUAUGUAUAAUUCUAAAGUAGUCCCUAAAGCAAAUUAUACAAAUCAUGUGCCUGCUUAAAGGAGAUAAAUAAACCUCUUUAUUUCUCCUCAACGUGCACAAAUAGAAAAGUGUGUAACGCCAAGACCAUCUUCUGUGUUUAUGGUCAAGCUAUUCUAUGUACAGAGUUGAAAGUACAAUCGUUUCAGAGUCAAAAGACAGGGGAAACCACACAGGACCUCUUGCUUCAUAUAAAUGAUAAGGGUGUUUAAUUUUGUAAUGUUAUUUGUGCUAUUUAAUACAUUUUACUUUAACAUUAUUAAAUUGUAUAUACUUUUAUUACUUUUAAAAUUAUAGAAAUCCUUGUUGAACAGAACUGCCAAAUGUAAAGAAAAUUUUCUUUUUAAAAAAUAUUGUUAAUGUAUACUGAAUGUUGGUGGUAGAUUGGCUUUAUUUUGUGUAGAUUGACAGUUUGAAGACAAUAUGUUUUCCAUUUGUAUUAUAUAUAACAUUUCCUAGAAAAGCACUUUUUUCAAAGUGUAGGUUUGUGAAUAGAUUUUAGCAUGAUGAAACUGUCGUUGCAGUGAAUGUUCACUCUGUGUAAGAAAAUAAGAUCAAUGUAGUUAGUAAAUUAAUAUUUAAUUGGAUGUUGAAUAAAGCAUUUGCCUGGCAAAAUUUAGAUUUUGAGAUUUCUUCUAUUUCUGAGCGUGCAGUCUAUAGCAAGGAAAGUGGAGACAAAGGUUAUGACAGAAAUUAAAAGUGAUCCCAACAAAUCUUUCAAUCUGAGGAUUCUGUACUACUACCCAGUUGCCUCUGUAUCUCCCUUGCUUAUAUUUCAACUUAACCUUAAUUUUAAAUAAUUUUAAUAUAUCCUGUAUAAUUAUAAUGCAUUUCUAGAGCUUUAUAUUUCCUACCUAUGUGAAGAACAAUUUUGAGAAAAAGAUGACAGUUUCCUAUAUCUAUUCUUCUAGCUGAAGUCGAGAAACUGCGCAUCUUUGUUUAAGUCUAGACAAGGAAAUAAGCAGACUAAGUAAAACUAUUUUCUUAACAAGAGGCAUUGAGAACUUUAUGGAAUUUUAUACACGAUGACAAAGCUGUGGAAGGCGGUUGUGGAAAAAAAAUUUUAUUCUUUUUCUUAAUUUAUAACACCAACCUUUUAUUCUAUAACCUCAUUCCACAAGAAUACAAUCCCUUCUGCAAAAUCAAAACCAAUUACAACAAAUUCCAUAUAUGUGCUAUUUGGUGAACUUAAUUGCCAAUGAAUUGUUUUUCCUAAGGGGCCUCUGGUAUAGAUUUCAAUUUUCAUGGUUUCAUCAUAAGGUUACUUUCAUAUAGCACAAAUAUUGAGAAUUGGAAGGCUAGCUCCAAGAUAAAAAAAAAAAAAAAUGCCAUCUUCACUCUACUGACUAAUGUAUUUGUCUGUUCACCUCAUAAAACAAUGCUUCCCACUCAGUUUGAAUUGUGUAUUUCUCAGGGCUAUUAUGUUGCCAUGCUUGAGUGUUACUUACAUAAAAUGCUAUUAAAGAAUGACAUUAUAACAAA